UUCAUUGUAGAGGUGGGGCUGGUUGUUUUUAAGCGGUUUUUGUUCCUGAACGCCACUUUUGUGCGUGAUUCUUGGGAGAAAAGAAGCACUGUGAACGUACCAGCCAUGGCUACUCACGGAGGAAGUGUUGAAAAAGACAGCAGAACAGAAACUAAGCGGAUGGAAACUCAGAUGACUGAGACGGAUUCUUUCAACACAUUAUCAGAUUUGAAUCCAGCUGAGGAGUACAAGAUGAACCGCAAACGGAGAGGCCUGGCCCUCAUUUUCAACCAUGAGCGAUUUUAUUGGCGGCUGGGGUUGAACGACAGGAGUGGAACAAAUGCUGACCGCUACAACCUAGAGAAACGGCUCCAGGAGUUAAAUUUUGACGUCCGGAGUUAUGACAAUGCAAAACAAACAGAUGUCCUGGAUAGAAUCCACGAAGCUGCUGAGGAGGAUCACUCUGAUGCCGACUGCUUUCUGCUGGUCUUUCUGAGCCACGGCGAAAAUAACUACGUUUACACCUACGACGGCAUGAUCAAUAUCCAGGAGAUCACAGCCGCAUUCAGGGGAGACCAGUGCCAGAGCCUCAUAGGAAAGCCAAAGAUCUUUGUCUUUCAGGCGUGUCGUGGAGACAAACAUGAUAGUCCAGUGGUUCCAUCAGAUGCUGUUGACCAUAAGGAAGUGAUCAAUGAGGUGGUGAUUGACGCCAGUGCACUAAACACUCUUCCUGCCGGAGCUGAUUUCAUCAUGUGCUAUUCUGUGGCUGAAGGUUUCUAUUCCCAUCGAGAGACCAUCAAUGGCUCCUGGUACAUCCAGGAUCUGUGCGAGCUCCUUAAAAAGUACGGCGAUACCCUCGAGUUCACCGAGUUGCUCACCCUGGUGAACAGAAAAGUGGCGAUGAGAAGUGUGGGGAUGUGCAGAGAUCCAAAAGCCAUUGGGAAAAAACAGGUUCCUUGUUUUGCUUCCAUGUUAACCAAGAAACUCUACUUCCGGAAAAAGUAACAGCAUCGAAACAUUGUCAUAAAAUCAGUUGAUUUUAGCUUUUGAAAAACCUUAUUUUUUAAUCCUUAUCCUUAAAGACCCACUCCGAUCAUGAUCGUUCCGUUUUCAGUCAGAAUUGAAAAAAAAUGUCUUCUUUCUGGGACAUAGUUUCUGCAGAGUGGCAGGAGUUGAUUAGAAAUUUGUCUCUGAGUUGUGUGUGGGACCAUUGCCUCUACCUUACUGAGAGCUUGGAGCAGAAAGCAGUGUAUUAUUUAUCACCGAUACGCUCUUUUUUAUAUUGUAAUUUUUUGCCUGCUCCUGAUUCACAACAACUUGAAUAAGAAAAAUGCCACAAGAACAUGUUAAAUACAACAAAAAAAUAUUUUCUUUGGAGUGGGUCAUCAAUAUCACUGUGAACACUUUGAAUCAGUCUGUGAAAUCUUGAGACGCCACCGGUUAUCUAGAGAACUACAGACCUCAUUUUCAGUCUUGAUGCAAUGGAGAAGUCCAACAAACACUUCAGAUCACAUCUCUCUUGUAGUCAAUAGUCUGGAUUAAAUUGCAGUCCAACACAAUAGACCCUGCUGGGAUUCAGGUUAAAGAUGCUGGCAAUGCCUGUUUUCUAACUCCUUCACAGGCUGUUCAUUUUUUUACUUUUUUAUGCACCUGCAUCCCUGCUGUAGUAUUUUUCUUUUCCCCCUAAAACCUGUUAAAACGUCCUAAUUUUACAUAGGAAUGUUCUUGAAGCUCCUCAAUUGCUAGCUGUAGUUUGUCAAUUGUAUCAAAACAAGUUUUUUAUGAAAAUCGCUGUCCACUGUUUUAUUAUGCUCAGGUGUUGGUUGCUGCCAGUAAUUCAAAAAGGGCUAAGAUUCAUCUACCUCUCCAGCAUUCAGUUAAUACGUCUAUCUAUUUUGUUAUUUUAGGUGAGUGUUGUUUUUCUUUAAAAGGACAAUCAUCAGGGAAAAAAUGUCACAACAAUACCACACACCUAUAGAGACAAACUCAAUGCCAUUCCAAGCCACUUCUUUAAAAGGGAAUUCAUGUUUUGUUCUUUUAUUGGUACUUUAAAUAAUGCAUUUUUGCACCGAGUUGGUUAAAACAAACACUACUAUAGAAGAAUCUCAGGGAGGACUGUGCUUGCUCUGUCUUUUUUUCCACAAUGUUGUGACGUGGGUCUGAAUUGUGCUAACUGUUGCUCUACUGUUUGGGGUCGUACUGUUUUGACUUUCUGGGUAAAACUGUAGCGUUUUAGUCACCGGUUUGUUCUCACUGUGUUUAAUUGAGAAAAUGAAUAAAAACAUUCUUUAAUAGACA